CUUAUUUUUUUUCAAUUUCAUGGUGUUUAGCUUUGUUUUUACAAGGUGGGCCUUUUUUUUCUUUUCAAAAUUAGUUUUUUUUUUUUUUUUUAUUUUUAGUUUCAAAGUUUUGUCCUUUAUUUCUAUUGUUUGUACGGAUUUUUUUUUGCUGUUUUGGCUUAACUCGUGUUUCCUGAACUUAUGGUUCAUUCAAAGGCUAGCUGGAUUUUAAGGUUUGUGGAGAAGAGAUAAGAUAAGAAGAUGGUUAUUGAUGGGCAGUAGGGGAAGAGCUGCUGAGGAUACUAACAAGAUUGCCAACGGGAUGCCGAGUUACGCGCCUCCAUUGCCGCCGCCUAAUUCCAUGGGCAUGGAAGGAACUAAUAUUCAUCCUUCUCGAAUUUCUGAUUUUGGAGCCCUUGAACAAUCUCUAGGAUUUCGUGUCGAGGAUGCCAUGAAUCUUAGCAGAAAUCCAGUGUUUAAUCAAAUGAAAGCAAAUAGCCAAGCUUUAGGUGCUGAUAUUCAAUUUGGUGCUCUAAGUAAGUCAAUUGCAAACUCGGAUAUAAACCUCUCUGCUGCAAUUGCUGGUUCUCAGACAUUGCAACAACAAAAAGACUCGCAGCCGAAUUUGGCUUCAACAUCUGGCGGCCAUCGUGAGAACUGGGGAGAGUCCAACAUGGGUGAUGGAAGCCCUGAUACUUCAACAGAUGAUACAGAAGACAAAAAUCAAAUGCCUGAAAGAGGAGAAUCAAGUGAGAGAUCGAAAGAUAAAUCAGAUCAAAAGACGCUAAGACGGCUAGCUCAAAAUCGUGAAGCUGCCAGAAAAAGCCGACUGAGGAAAAAGGCAUAUGUGCAACAAUUAGAGAGCAGUAGGCUGAAACUGACCCAAUUGGAGCAAGAGUUACAGCGAGCACGCCAGCAGGGGAUUUUUAUUUCAAGCACGGGAGAGCAGACUCAUUCGAUGAGUGGAAACGGCGCAAUGGCGUUUGAUGCAGAAUAUGCACGAUGGUUAGAAGAGCAUAAUAGGCAAACCAAUGAACUAAGGGCUGCAAUAAAUUCUCAUGCGGGGGAUAUUGAACUCCGUACCAUUGUGGACAAUUUCAUGACUCAAUUUGAAGAUAUCUACAGGCUGAAAGGUGUUGCAGCAAAAGCUGAUGUUUUCCACAUUCUAUCAGGAAUGUGGAAGACUCCCGCUGAGAGGUGUUUCAUGUGGAUUGGAGGCUUUCGGUCAUCCGAACUUCUCAAGCUUCUUGUAAGUCAUUUGGAGCCUUUAACCGAGCAACAAUUAAUGGGCAUCUACAACUUGCAACAAUCAUCUCAACAGGCGGAAGAUGCUCUCUCCCAAGGAAUGGAUGCUUUGCAGCAAUCACUUUCCGAGACUUUGGCUAAUGGUUCGCCCAACCCUUCGGGUUCUUCUGGAAAUGUGGCUAACUACAUGGGCCAAAUGGCCAUGGCCAUGGGAAAGCUCGGUACUCUCGAGGGCUUUCUUCGCCAGGCUGAUAAUCUGCGGCAGCAAACAUUGCAACAGAUGCUUCGGAUAUUAACAACCAGACAAUCAGCUCGAGCUCUUCUUGCAAUAAGCGAUUAUUUCUCCCGGCUACGAGCCUUGAGUUCUCUAUGGCUUGCGCGACCAAGGGAGUAAAAAACUGUUUCAAACCUCUAUUUAUGUUUCAUUUGGCAAAUGAAUUCCUAUUGUGAAGAAGAAGAAGAAGCCUAGUUGUGGUGCUUGUAAAAACAUUAGAUACUAUGAUUUUUGUAUUGUCAUCAACAUUUUUCAUUAAGCUUUUUGUAUGCUUUGAUAAAUAGUGUUGAAUAAUUUGAUUAUAUAGGUGUAUGAUAGAUAGAGUUGAAGGUGAAAAAUGUAGAAAUAGGUUAAAGUUGUUCAUUGUAUUUCAGAAAUCAAGCUUAUUUGAGGAUGAUUUCCUCUCUUUUAGUUUCUUUUCUUGCUGGUUGGUUGCACAGUGGUGUAUGUAUGUAUGUAAAUAUACUUUUUUUUUUUGGUGCUGUAUUGGGAUGAUAUUGUUGAAUAGUAAUUUAAUGUGUUUCAGUGACAAA